AUGGCCGCCAUGCUCCGGGCAGUGGGCUGGGCCCACGGGGGCCUGCUUCGCCCCACGGCCCCCCUCUCUGUGAGGAUGAGCAGUUGUGGGAGAUCCCAAAAGGGUGUCCUGACCAAUAGCGUAGCCGUGGUCACAGGGUCCACUGAAGCGCUGGCCCAGGAUGGGGUCCAUGUGGUUGUCAGCUGCCGGAAGCAGCAGAACAUGGACCGGAGGCUCGAAGAAUCCCUGGAGAAGACUUCCUCCCCUGAGGCCCUCAGCCUGCCCUUGGACCUGUCGGGGACACUUUCCUUCCCCAGAGCCCUGGAGCACCGUGGGAGCGUGGACUUCCUGGUGUGCCAUGCGGCAGUCAGCCUCCUGGUGGGGAGCAUUCUAGGAAGUAGUGAGCAGAUCUGGGACAAGAUCCCGGAAGUGAAUGUGAAGUCCCCAGCCCUGCUGCUGAGCCAGCUGCAGCCCCACAUGGAGGAGAGAGGGACAGGUGCUGCCAUCCCGGUCUCUUCAGUUUCGGUUUACACGCCAUAUGUGGAGCUGCGUGCCUGCAAUGUUGGUAAGUUGGUCCUCCUGGGUGUCAUCAGGAUGCUGGCAUUGGAGCUGUCCCCCGAGGACAUCCGGGUGAACUGCCUGGUUCCAGGAAUGAUCAAGACUGACUUCAGCAAAGUGUUCCACAAGAAUGAGGCUUUCUGGAAACAAUUCAAAGAAAACCUGUGGCUGCAGGGGCAACCCCUCCCCACCCCCAUAAUUUUUGCAGCCGAAAGGUUCAUGGUUGGCAUAGCAGGGGCCUCCAGAGCCUGCUUCCUGCGUGCCUGGUGCCUUAUCCUUAGAGAGGUGGUGACUGCAAGGAGGGCCCUGCAGGUGACCCUGACCUGCCAGUGA